AUGAACUGCAGCGUGCAGGCACAACUUCCAGAGUCAGGCUCAGUCCUACUUCAGCCAAUAUGGGACUUUGUCAGAUCGAAAGAACAUCUGGUUAGUUCACCUCUCUAUCCAGUUAUUUUCUCGUUCACAGUCUACAUGUUCUUCUGUCUUCCCUACCUAGCACUGGAUGCUCUGUGCCACCAAAUACCUGCUUUGAAGAAAUACCAAGUACAGCCAAAGUCCAGACCUACCUUGGCUAUGGUGCUUUACUGCCUGGCACACACCGUGUACAGCCAUUUGGUAUAUAUAUGUCCACUGUCUGUUGCUUACUGGUACUGGAGACCCGUGUGUUUUCCAGCUGUGGCACCAGACUUUCACCGAUUUAUACUGGACAUCAUUGCCUGUCUACUUCUAUUUGACUUCCAGUAUUUUGCUUGGCAUCUGCUGCAUCACAAGAUUCCCUGGCUGUAUAAGACAUUUCACAAGAUGCAUCAUAAGUACACUGCUACUUUUGUGUUGGCUACACAAUAUUCCAGUGCGUGGGAGAUGCUGUCUCUUGGAUUCUUUGCAAAUGUCAGUCCCAUCUUGCUGAAUUGCCAUCCAAUGACUGAAAUGGCCAUCUUCAUCAUCCAUAUCUACCUGUCUGUCGAAGAUCAUUGUGGCUAUGACUUGCCAUGGUCUACACACAGGUUAAUACCAUUCGGCAUAUGUGGUGGACCAAGUCAUCAUGAUCUCCACCAUGAAAAGUUUGUGUCCAAUUAUGCUCCUUAUUUCACCCACUGGGACAAGUUGUUUAAUACACUAGCACAGAAGAAAACUAAGAAGCCUUAAAAAAUAUGCAACUACCGCCAAGACUGAACAAAUGGUCAGAACUUGACCCUCACCUGCAUUUCAGGACUAAGUGAGUAGAUGCAUCAUAAGCUCUAUCUGUGAUUGUGUCUUCAGUGAUGAAUUGUCAGCAAGUGGUGCAAGAACAAUGCCAUGUACUAUCUCCCUGCUUCUUGGCCAUCAAGAACCAUGAACAGUAUGAUGAACGUCACUUUCAUCACAUGUACUUGCAUCAUACUUUACAUUACCUGUGCAACAAAGAACUGUGAAUAGAGGAAAAAAGAGUUUUAGUCAUAACCUGAGUAUUUAUUUAUUUAUAGUACGUUGAUGUGCAGUUUAAUGCAUAAAUUCAUUGUACAAUUAUUUAUUAUAUAAUUAUAAAUAUUUAUAAAUAUUAUAUGUAUGUAAGAUGUGUUAUAGAUCUUUUUUUAUAACUGUAAAGUAAAAAUGAUGAUACUAAUUCUAUAAAGCUAUUAGUUUGGUUUACUAUAACCACAUAGUAAGAACAUUGGGUUAAAGAAUGUGCUUACGACGGGAAAAAGUAGGUGUUAAUAGACUGUGCACGUGUCAUAAUGACUGAAUAUGCAAUCGUAGAGAACUGAAUUUGUUCAUUGCUGCUUUUUAUUGCAUCGUAACAGCUGACAAAACCACAGGAUGACAUUGAAAAAAGAGCAGUGUAAAAUGGCAAACUCUACUCUGCUACAGUACAUCUGUUUAUAAUGAAAGCUAAAGAGGGUUAUUCUAUUUAUUGAUGUAAAGGCUCUGGAAAGUGUUAACAGAAGGAUAUUAGGAAAGUGUUAUUAAAAGAAUAUUGGGAAAGUGUU